AACCUUUUCCCACUUCAAAUACUAGAAUUAUUUUUCUACAAUUGGAAACUUCCAUGGUUUAGUCUUCUGAAAGAUCGAAUCAAUAGUCUCAGAUACAAUAAAGUUCCGAUCGAUUAGCGCGGAAUAAUCGAGGAAGAAUCGAUCGUUUGUUACCUCGCAAAUUCGAAACCAUGAUUCGUCACUUUGUGCCAGAUUCGACUUUUGCAUCCGUCAUUUCCGCGUCUCUCUAUACCUCGCACAAAGCGUUCGUAUCUCGAUUGUUCGAUUCGAUUUCCACCUUUCAUAAAGCCGCCAUUGAAAAUCAUUUGAAAAAUUAUCGCGUUCAUUUGUCACCGAACACCGUCGGUUGUAUUUAAUCACGCAGAUUAAAUGCAUUUUUCACGUGUAUAUCGGUACUUACAAUAAGCGUAAUGGAUGUGGUAUUGAUUUCAGAGAUAAAGAGAUGUGGAAAUAAUGCUUGGGAAAUUUUUGCUACUUUUUUCUUCAUGGAAGUAUCGUGUUCCCUCUCUUUCGUUUCUUCAUUUUUAACUCCAAGUCUCCAAUUUAAUUUCUUUCUUUAAAAAAGUACAAUUUCAAACUCCAAAUCCCCCUAAAAGAAAUAUGUUCGCAUCCCAUUUUACAAUUACUUUGUAAAAUUCUAUCUUGACUACACGUCACCAAAAUGAUUGAACUAAUUCACGUUCUUCGAUCGCACUUGAAACUCUCUAUAAAUCACUUUGAAAUGUCAACAAAAAUCAGUACUGUAAUUCUCCAAAAACAUUACAAACUCUACGACCAGGUAAUGAGUGAGCAUUCAAACAUUCACAUCCAUUUGAUCCUAAGACUACCAACUCCACUAGUUGAAACUUCUGACCUGGUUCAAAGAAAAAAAAAUAUAUAUAUAUGUAUAUCCAUGAAUUCAUUUCCUGAUUGCAAGAGACGCGCAUGAGAGGUGACGGUUGUAACAAAAAUGCGAGUAUUACGCGUGCACGACACACGAUAUGAUCCAGAAACUGGUACGAGGCGUAGAUCAGAAGCAAACGAAGAAUUAUCGUAUCCAGGCGCAUAGUUUGUGUGUGUGUGUCGCGUAAUGCCCUGUUUUCAACGAUUGCGGUCGUGUCAGAGGGAUCGGAUGAAACGUUGGCGAAAAAAAAUUGGACAGAGAGCACUCGCAAACAGGGCGUGUACGAUUGCCGAUUUCAGUGAAAGUGAUUGUUCCUAGUUGUAUAAAAUCAGCAGCUGGACCGAAUGAUUGCACACUCGAAGCUGCACUCGCGACAAGCAACAAUGAAGACUUUCCUACUCUGUCUUUUGGUGGCCGCCGCCAUUGCCGGUGAAGUGGAGCCAGGAAAACGUGAAAAGGCGAAGAGAGGCGUGCUUCUUGGCCCAGGGGGACUUGGAGGAUCGUCAGGAGGCUUGGAUCUGAAUUCCGGCUCUAGUUAUGGUGGAAAUUUGGUGGGACUCGGUGGAAGAUUACCAGCAGCAGGCCUUCCAGCUGCACUUUCAGGCCUGCAAGGUUCUUUCAGUGGUCAACUGAGUGGAACUCUCUCAGGAAGCUUGGCUGAGAGAAUUCCUGGAGGAUUAAGCGGAGCUGCGAUUGGUGCUCAACAAGUACCAGUCGUGAUUCCUCAUCCCUAUCCAGUGUCCAGGCCUUUGCAAACUCCCUACUACGUGAAACAAUCUGCGCCUCUCAUUAGAGAACUUCCAUUUCGCGUGCCUCAGCCAAGUCAGAUUCAAUCGGCCCAACUUCAGUCAGCCCAACUUCAGUCAGCCCAGCUACAAUCAGGUCAACUUCAGUCGGCGCAGAUUGCCACUCAAAGAGCUAGAUUGCCACUCUCACUUCCUAUCCCACAACCAAUCCCCAUCCCUGCACCUCAAUCUGAGUAUCUCCUAGGGCCAGGAUCUCUUGGAGGUUCUGCAGCCGCUAGUGGUCUUAAUUCUGGUUUGAGUUCAGGACUCACGAGUGGUCUCAGUGGAGGAUUGGGUUCUGGUCUGUCAGGGCUAGGGUCUGGUCUGACCACUAGCUACGGUUCCAGUCUUGGACUCAAUGCUCUCAACGUUGGAUCUGGCCUGGGUGCUGGUCUUGGCUCGAUUAGUAUCUCGCCUGGAGCCAAUUUGGCAUCUAGAUUGAGUUCUGCGCUUGGUGCUGGACUUGGUUCUGGAUUGGGUGCUAGUCUUGGAGCCGGAAUUGGCUCUCAGAGACUGAGUGCUAAUCUUGGAGCUGCCUACGGAUCUGGCUACGGAUACACUUCGUCCGGUUUACUUGGAGGAGGCGGUUUAGGAGCAGCUGGUUCCCUAGGAGGAGGUGCACUAGAAGCAGCUGGUUCUCGAGGAGGUGCAUUGGGAGCAGCUGGUUCUUUAGGAGGAGGUACCAUCGUCUUCAAAAGCUGAAUCGAUGGAUUAAAGAAUUAAGGAAUUUUGUCGGAAUCAAUGUAAAUUCUGUUUUAAAAUUCGUGACGAGCCUAGCUCUUUAUACUUUUGUAAACUUUGACAAAAUUAUAUUUUUAUACAGUAUCUGAAUUCUGACGUUACUGUCCAAUCCUUCUUGUACAC